UUGGCCGCGUUAAUAUCAUGGAAUGGAAGAAUAGGAUCGAGCAACACACCUGGCCUGCAUGCCCAGCAGAUGAACGGGCCAUCCGCGGCCUCCAGGGGAAAAUAGUGUAUUCCUUGUCACGACGAACAUAUCGUUUUCAUUCAGGCUGCAGCCACUGGAACAUGUCAUGGACACGGAGUAGCGACAACUGGACUCGGUGCUCCGACUACUUUGAUAUGUGCCGGUGCUUGGACGAACGUGCCGAUCCGCCGCUAGCUAGGUCAUGCUCGCGAGGGCCACAGAGCGGCCGCAUGCCGCCUGGGUACUACACAGGAAGCCCACAGCUUGAAGAACACCCACGUCGUCUUCGACUGUCGAGAGUGCGGGGCGCGUGGCUGGCUCCGAGACGUCAGGCGCUGCCGAGCAGGCGAGGCAUACACGGUUGGACCGGCCAGAGAGUCACCCGUUUGACAUUUGAUUCUUUUAUAGGAGCCGUGGAAUGAAAUUGUACUCAUCCUUGUUAAACGAUUAUCUUACAUGAAUAAAGCUUUUGUGUUUU